CCUUUGGCGGGCGGGUGUGGGCGCCCGCGGCGGCGGCAGAGCCCGGCGCGGGCGUGCGGGGAUGGGGGUCACGGUGGACGUGCGCCAGGUGUACAAGUACCCCUUCGAGCAGGUGGUCGCCAGCUUCCUCCGCAAGUCUUUUCUCAGGGUGUAUUCAUCGGGGACCCUCUGUGCCUGAUAUAAGGGCAUAGUAUUGAUGUGUGGUAAGGAAGGCACUUGGCAGAAGGAACAAUCAUAUGAGGAUCUCUGGAAGCAUUUAAUCUGAUUUUGCACAAUGGUAUGUUUGAAGCUGUUUCAGCACCGAGGAUGUUCUAUUUUAAAUAGAGUCUACUGAUCUACGUCUUUUGAAGAAGAUUAGGUACGACAUGAAGCAGAAUGGUGCAAACGGAAAGAGCACGGGCUCUGACAUCAGACGGGGGGACGGAGCGCUUCUAGCUGUUAUCCCAACCCCAUGGAUAAAAAUGUCAUCUCUGUGAAAACCGUGGAGGAAAAGAGAGAUGUGUCAACAGGGAUCAUCUAUAGAAAGAGGAUUGCAGUCUGUCAGAAUGUGGUUCCAGAAAUUUUAAGGAAGGUGAGCAUUUUAAAGGUACCUAGUAUCCAAUUGGAAGAGGAAUCCUGGCUCAAUCCUCAGGAGAGAAACAUGGCUAUUCGGAGUCACUGCCUUACGUGGACACAAUAUGCAUCCAUGAAGGAAGAGUCUGUCUUCCGGGAAAGUAUGGAAAAUCCAAAUUGGACGGAGUUUAUUCAGAGAGGCAGGAUUUCAAUUACAGGGGCUGGCUUUCUCAACUGCAUUCUGGAAACUUUUGCCAGCACAUUCUUAAGACAGGGUGCCCAGAAGGGAAUUAGAAUAAUGGAGAUGCUGCUGAAGGAGCAGUGUGGUGCCCCAUUAGCCGAAUAAAGAAUCAUCAGGGACCUGUGUUGUGCUACUUUUGCUCGAGAAUCACUUCUUGGCCAGAACCCAUCACUGAUGCAGUUUUCCAAAAACGGGCUUAAGGAGACAGCUUAAAGAAGAGGAGACCUUCCUGCCAGGGUGUGAAGCUCUUGGACAGGAGGCCUUCUAGAUGGAUUUUUAUGGCACAGUGUCUUUAUGAUUUACAAAUAAAGGAAAAAACCCAUAGAA